AUGGAAAUGAAUUCAAAUAUCGAUUCCUUCGACGAGAAGAGCAUUGAAUUCACGGCAAUAGAGGACUCUCUGAACCAUUCAGUCGAAAGAGUCAGCGAUUGUGAGACCGAAAAAAGCGACAAAAACUUGUGUCCACUCUAUUCCCUUUGCAUUGCGAAUCUUGACGAAAGUGUCACCGAAUUGGAUGUCUUCCAACUCGUCCUCCAACUCACCGAAGAUGUCGAUCACCUGAAAGACAUCCAACAGGUCUACGACUCGACCGAAUCUCGCGCCUACAUUCACAUCGACUUCGAUGGGUUGGAGAGCGCGUGGAAGGCCUUCCGCCUCUUAGACGGCUUCGUGUGGAUGGACACCGCGCUCGACGUCUAUUGGAGCGGACUUUUGCGGCCGCCAGAGGACAGGACUCGCGUCUCGUUCUACGUCUUUGUGGACGACUUGCGGACAGACAUCGAAACACCACAACUCCUGCAGGCGUUCUCUUCGUUCGGACGCGUCUUCGACUGCAUUGUGGUGAGAGAUAAAGAGACCCUUUCCUCCCGGGGCUACGGAUUCGUGGCGUUUGACGACAAGGAGAGCGCACAGAAAGCCGUAGACACGCGUCUUCUGUGCGAAGAGUUCAUCAAAAUUCUGUUCAAAGAGUUUGAAGUAUUCGUCGAAAAGAUACUGAUUUACUACAGAAAGGCUUUGAUUGGGUUUCGGACGCGACAAUCGGCCGCCGCGGCCAUCAUUCAGACCAAUGAACGGCUGGUUUUGGGACAAACGGUGUGGUGCUGGUGGGCGCCCGAUGAGCCACAACCCAAACAGACUUACAUUCAUUUUGAUGACUGUUUGGACGACAAGUCAGUGGAAAGCGAAAUAUCUGAGGAAUAA